UAACAGCAGCGGAAGUUCUGCUGCUAACCGCGCAAUACAAGCUUCUGUCUCGUAACUGCAGUCAAUGGUUUACGUCAGGAAAAAGGAAAGCGAACAAAUCUAUUAAAAUACAGAGUUCACAUCACAUCCCUUAACAGCAUGCUGAUAAACCCCCAACAGGAGGCUCUGAUUGGCCAGGUGUUUGAAACCUAUCUGACAGAGCAUCACCAUGGGGACGUUCUCCGGCUUUUUGCAGACACCAAUGAGGAGACCCAUCACUCUGUUGUUAUCAAUGCCAUGACAUUGUUUGAAGCCAAUAUGGAGGUUGGGGACUAUUUCAAUGCCUAUCCCAACGAUGUCCUGGCUAUUUUUGAUAAAGUGUUACAGAAAACAGCCAUGGACUUAUCACAGAAUGGUUCACCCACACACUGUGGAGGACAAAGAGCGAAAGAGCAGAGAAUGAGGUGCACGCUUCAUGCUCGCAUCACAGGUCUACCAGUUUGUCCAGAACUGACCAGAGACACCAUUCCCAGGUCCAGAGAUGUAGGACACUUUCUGUCCGUCACUGGCACUGUGAUCCGCACCAGUGCUGCAAAGGUUCUGGAAUCUGAGCGUGAUUACAUGUGCUCCAAGUGUCGCCAUGUUUUCACUCUGCACGCUGAUUUUGAUCAGUUUUAUGUCUUUGUUGCACCUGGAUCCUGCCCCAAUCCUGAGGGCUGUAAUUCAUACAAAUUCAGCUGUCUGUCAGGAGGAUCCGAGCCUGGAACCUGCAGGGACUAUCAGGAGAUCAAGAUUCAAGAACAAGUGCAGAGGCUGUCAGUGGGCAGUAUUCCUCGUUCUAUGGUGGUGGUCCUUGAGGAUGACCUGGUUGACAGUUGUAAAUCUGGAGACGAUGUGACUGUCUACGGUGUCAUGUGCCAGCGCUGGAAGCCAUUUUACGAUAGUUGUCGCUGUGAUGUGGAGUUGGUCCUCAAAGCUAACAACAUAGAAGUAAACAAUGAGCAGGCAGCUGCUGCUCUUGUCAUGAAGGAUGUUCAGCAGGAGUUUGAAGUCUUCUGGGAAAGUUACAAACACAAUCCCCUUGCUGGUCGGGAUCACAUGUUGUUGAGCCUGUGUCCACAGGUGUUUGGCAUGUAUGUGAUUAAACUAGCGGUGGCCAUGGUGCUGGCUGGGGGAGUACAGAGGAUAGAUUCUUCUGGAACCAAGAUCCGGGGUGAGUGUCAUAUGCUGCUGGUGGGCGACCCCGGCACAGGGAAGUCUCAGUUUCUGAAGUAUGCUGCUAAGAUCAUGCCUCGCUCUGUCCUCACUGCUGGAAUAGGAUCAACGAGUGCAGGACUGACGGUUGCUGCCGUGAAAGAUGGAGGUGAAUGGCACUUGGAGGCAGGAGCACUCGUCCUGUCAGAUGGUGGUUUGUGCUGCAUUGAUGAAUUUAACAGUAUCAAGGAACACGACCGCAUCAGCAUCCAUGAGGCUAUGGAGCAACAGUCUAUUAGUGUGGCCAAAGCUGGCAUGGUUUGUAAGCUGAACACUCGGAGCACCAUCCUGGCAGCGACCAACCCUAAAGGCCAGUACGAUCCUAACGAGCCUCUGUCUGUGAACAUUGCUCUGGCAAGUCCUCUGCUGAGUCGCUUUGACCUGGUCCUGGUUUUGCUGGACACAAGGAAUGCAGAGUGGGACCGCAUCAUCUCCUCAUUUAUUUUGGAAGACCAAGGACCGCCCUCUGGCUCAUGCAGCCUGUGGCCCUUGGAGAAAAUGAAGGCUUAUUUCAGUGUGAUUAAACGACUGCAGCCGCAGGUGUCGGAGGAGGCCAACCACAUCCUGACACGCUACUACCAGCUCCAGAGACAAAGUAACGGCCGCAACGCUGCUCGCACCACCAUCCGCAUGCUUGAAAGUCUGAGCAGGCUGGCUGAAGCACAUGCCAGGCUCAUGUACAGAGAGACGGUGACGAUAGAGGACGCCGUCAUGGCUGUGUCUGUCAUGGAGUGCUCCAUGCAGGGAGGUGCUCUGCUGGGGAAUGUAAAUGCUUUACUGACGUCAUUCCCUGCUGACCCUGGUACACAGUAUGAAGCUCAGUGUAAGGUGCUAUUGGAGGGACUGAACUUGCCACUGCUCCUACAGAAAGAGAUGCAGAGAAUUUCCAUGCUAAAGAGCAUCAUGUCACAGUCGCCCCAGUGUGAUCCACCACCUGAUAAUCACUGGGGUCAAUGCAGUGAUGUCACAGAGGAGAGUGGCUUGGAUUGGUUCCGCUCCAUCACUCCAUCGGUGUCACCUGACGUUUUGGCCUCACCAGUAAUCACAUCAACUCAGAACUUAAAGAAAACACCUGCAACAAUCAAACAGCCAAACUGUCAAAGUAACACAAGCCGAGCAUUAAAGUGCAGGGGAGCGGUUACCGCUGCCUCAGAGGAAGAAAUGAGAAAAAGUGAGAAAAAUGAAGGCGUGAAAGAAAAAAGCAGUUUCUUCCAAGACGAGGGACAGAAAGAUGACCAACAUUCAGAGUCGUCAGGGUUUGUGCUCCAGAAAGUCUCGAAGAAUCUGAGAGACAGAAGACUGCGGCAGCUGGAGCAGAAUAAGCAGCAGUGUGACAAGGACAAAGGAGGAGGACACAUAGACAGGGCGGUGUCCACAGGUGGUGCAGGUACAACAAAUACACCUCCACAUUCCCACAGGAGCAGCACACUGUCACCAGGUCAAAACAUUCCCUCAAAUAUCCAGGUCCAGGAUAACCGGUCAUCUGGCAAACUAAGUAGACUAGAGAACGAAGACGAGAGGAACCAAAGCAAGACUACAAACAUGUGUGCUGUGCUGAAGGAAAAGAUGGAGGCUGAAGGUGACACAGGGAAAGACCUGCGGGCCAAGUUGUUCAACUUUACAUUCAAACCAAGGAAUUCAAUGCCUUUACUCCACAGCCACAAGUUUAAUGCCAGCGCAGAUGUCAGUGCACACGUCCUAACUGAAAGCAGCCAGAGUAAACAGAAGCCAACGAGUCAUGAUGUGUUAGCCAGUCCAUCAGCCAACACACAGGAAAAUCAGUCUGAAGAGAGGUGCAGAACAAAGCAUCUCAGCUGCGUCAGUGAGGUGGGAGAGAGUGGCUCUUUUUCAUCAGCAGUUAAAAAUGGAAGUCAAAUAAAGGGAAAUAUGACUCGGCAACAAAGAAUCAGCGACAGUACAGAGAUAGUAGAUGGCUUUACUGACACACCACCUUCAAAUCUGAGCACUCACAUCAACUGUCCAGCACCGUUCCAACCGGGCCUCAAAAAGUCGACCAUAAACUCGUCAACACUGACUAAACUGGCACGGUUCUCAUUCACAUGCACAGCUAAAGCCACGGCUCAAACACCAGAGGAUAACCGUGCUGAAUCCUUUAGACCAAAUCCAAAAGUCAAUGAAACUCAAGAUAUCGCUGAACACAGUCCCACAAAAAAGAAGCUCAAAACGACCAUCACCUCAAACAAAGUCAAAAGUGUGUUCGUGCAGUCAUCAAAGUCAUGUGUACAACAGCCACAGGGCUGUGAAAGCACCGUCAAUCUGAAGAAGAGGAAAUGCUUUGAGCUGGUUUCUUCAUCACGUAGAGAUUGUGCAUUUUCUGGACUGUCCCUUUUUAGCUCUGCUGAGUUAAGUAAUGAUGUACUUGACACUGACUGGGACCAAGAGAUUUGAAAUGAUGUUAACACUGCGACGCACACUCUCUCCAUUUAAUGUGAGUCUGAGGGAGUGGAUCAGUGCAUGUUUAUGGAUGAAGAACUCCACAAUAAUAAUGUGUGUGUUAGGAAAGAUGAAGCAGGUGAUGUGUUUAGCAACUGUUCCCCCAGCGUGAUGUAAAUAAAAGACAAUAUUAUAAUGAC